AACUAAACUAUCAUAUUAUUCAUUCGGAAUUGUUUGUGCGUUCGCAGUGUCGGAACCAAGCAAAUCUGUUUGCAAAAACCUCUAGAAUUUCUAGAUUUUAUUUCAACUUUAUAUAACAAGAAACCAAAUCAAGUGACAAGAUGGCAACCAUUCGUCAAAACUACCUUGAGGCCAGCGAGGCUGGAGUCAACAAGCAGAUCAACCUGGAGUUGUACGCGUCUUACACGUACUUGUCUAUGGCAUUCUACUUUGACAAUACCACCGUUGCUCUACCCGGCGCCCACAAGUACUUCAAGAAGGCGUCCGAUGAGGAGCGAGAGCACGCCAUGUUGCUGAUGAAGUUCCAGAACCAACGAGGUGGAACUAUCGUCCUUCAGGAUGUCAAGAAGCCAGAGAAUGAUUCGUGGGGUUCUCUGAAGGACGCGGUCCAGGCAGCUCUAGCUCUGGAGAAGCAUGUCAACCAGUCUCUUCUGGACCUUCACAAGUUGGCUGACAGCCAAGGCGAUGCUCAGAUGUGUGACUGGAUCGAGAGUCACUUCCUGACGGAGCAAGUAGAGGCCAUCAAGGAGUUGGGCGAUCACAUCACCCAGCUUACUCGCGUCGGUCCUGGUCUCGGGGAGUACACCUACGACAAGGAGAACUUGGGCGAAGACUAGACGAAUUAAACUCAUCAGGCCGACAGGAUGACCGGGUAGUCUUCAAUCCUCUAAAUAAACCAACCAUGUGUGGAUCAACUCAUAUGUGUUGUGGAUGAUUAGUGGAUUGUGAUCCAUCAGCAGACUACCUGGUUUGAAUUGUCAGUCCGAUAUUACAGACAGAGGCAUAGUUUUAAUAACCACCCAAAGAAUAAAUAUCAAACUCAAUAUUUUGUUUGUAUUAGUGUCGAUCCCAAAACCUUUGUUUCUACUUGAACAAUUGUCAUCGUCAUUGAUAUAUAUUUAUCCGUUUUACAUAAUGCAUAAUUGGAACAAGGAAGGAAUGCAACCCUGGAGUUGCGUCUUGAAACAAGGCAAGGCCAUAUUCUUUUUUUUUGACAAUUUCUCAACAUUUCAAGCGCUAUGGCCUCCAUGUGGGAUCAUCUCUCCACUUUGCAUUCCUAAACAAAAUGUUUUUCAAAUUUUGCUUAAAAUGGUUAAAAUUCAGCAAGUAUGCUUAAGUCCCGAUUUAAAACCUUCUAAGUCGAAUGACUGUCAAGACUCAAGGAAAUAUACAACUUCAUAGUUUGAAAUAAAAACCGCUGCUUUAAGAUCUUAUUUGCCUCUCGUCACUUGAUAUGUAUAACUUUUUAAAAAGAACUCCUGCAACAUCCAUUUAUUAAACUGCCACAAAAGAAACAUUGUGCUAAUAGUUUGGUCAUCAUCAUCAAGCAUCAAGCCAGUAACUUCAUGAGCUGAAUAUUUGAAUUGGUAAAAAAAAAAAAAAAUGUGAAAAAUGUUAAGAAAAACGAUCUGUUACAAAAUAAGGAGCAUCUUAAUGCCUUCAAUAUCAUUCAAGGAGUAAAAAAAUAAAUGAAAAAAAAAA